ACUUCUAUGACUGAAGAAAUUAUCCGCCAUUAUAGUGUACGGUGUAUAAUAUGCAUCAAUGGUUACGAAGUAAAAAUAUGUUUAAAAGAAAAUAUGAAGACAGUGGGAACGUAUUUCGUUUUGUAUCAAAUGUGUUACUUUGUUAUAUUUCAUAAAUGAAAUGUGCAUUAUUUUCGAAAUGAAUGACACAACUUAACCUGUGACUUAAUAUCGAAGUGCUGAAUGAAAAUAACGUAGUAGAAAUGUAUGUAUGUAAUAUUUUAAAUUAAUAAACAGAAGAAUUAAAGAACUUGUACAAUUUCUUUUAUGUUGUUGAAGAUGUCAACAGAAUACAGUAGGAGUGUUUUAAGAAUGGUGGUUGCUCAAAUAUGUCAAAUAAUUGGAUGGCAUUCAAUUAAUUCUACACCGUUAGAAUUUAUGGUUGAUCUUAUGCAAGAAUAUAUUUUGCGAAUUUCAAAACUCACUCAUCAAUAUGCAGAAAUUUUGGGAAGAACAGAAGCAAAUCUUGAUGACUUAGGUUUAGCAUUUCAAAAUAUGAAUAUUGAUAUACAAGAAUUAACAGAAUAUAUUAAAAAUGUAGAUUCUGUUCCAUGUCCUAUAGCAGUACCUAAAUUUCCAAUUCAACGUGAAAAUCAUUUGAAUUUUUUAAAACCUGGAAGUCGAGAAGUUGUAACAAGACCUGUACAUAUACAUGAACAUUUACCAGCCAUGUUUCCUGAUACAGAAGAGGAAUAUGUAGUAGAGAAAGCAGAAAAUAUAAUGAAUGGAUCAUCUGACUUAACAUUGAGUAAUGGAACAUCAAGCAAUAGUUCCAUGAAUAUAUCUCCUCAUAGAAUAUCACCUCAAGUAGUUUUUAAACGACCAGGAGAUCCUGUCUCACUUGAAAGUCCUAUAGUAAAGCGUGUAAAAGUAUUAGAAGAGGGUAGACCGUUACGUGAAAUUCAUAGUGUCAUGAUGACUACUUCAGGUUUUCUAUCACCUGCUCGAGAAGGAAAACUACCUGAAGCAAGGACACCACAUCAAACUCGUUCAGAUUCACCACAACCUAGUUCUUAUCCUAUGGUACCUCCAGAAUUAAAAUACGACAAAAAACCGAAAAAGAUUAUAAAGAAAGGAUUAGAAGAUUGUAAACUUGAUAAAGAAAACAAGAAAAAGAAUCGUGCUAAAGAAUUAUUUAAACCAGAUAAAACAGAUGAUAAUAAAAUUAAAAAAUUAGCUGGUAUGAAGGAAUUAGCAAAAUUAAAGCCUUUAAAAUCAAUAGGUGGAAAAUUACAAAGUACCAUGCCUAGUUCAUCAAGCAGACCAUCUACUCCUAAAUUAAUAUCAUCUAAAACAGUUGGUAGUCCAAAAUUACAGAAAACUACACAACCAAAAACAAAACCAGAAAAAAUAAUUGAUCUUACUGGUAGAUCUCCACCAUCUAAUGAAAGAAGAGAAGACAAUAUUGAUAAACUUCCAUCUGAACCAGAUAAACAAAAGUUGAAUAUUUUUAAAAAGAUUUCAAAACCACGAGAGGAUAAAGAUAAAGAUAUAUCAGAACAUAAGUAUAAAGAACUUGAUUCAAGAGAAAGUUCACCUGCUUUAGUGAUUGAUGAAAAUAUCGACAAACAAACACUCCGUAAUGAUAUUGAUGUAAAACGAGAAGAAAAAAAGACUCCACAUACACCAGAUGUCCAUCUUCAACCAGAUGGAGGAGAAUUAAUUGAUUUACAAAGUCCAGGAUCAGAUGUUUAUAUGUUUGAUGAUAUGUCACCACCAGGUACUCCUAGCACUCCAAGAACUCCAGAAUUAAACAUGCCCACGACACCUACAGAUCAUAAAAAAAAGAGGAAGGAAAAAUUGAAUAAAAAACGGGAAAUAAAAUCAAGAAGUCCAAAGCAUUAUGUUAGUCCAAAAAAGACAAAAAGUAUCAACGAUGUACCAGAACAGGAUAUACUAGAUCGACCAAAAACUCCACAGGCACCUGAACCUCAGAUUUCCAAAGAACCAAGUUUUCCACCAACACUCCCAUUUCCCUUUUUUCCAACAUUUCCUCCAGCACCUGGUUUAAUACCUCAUCCUAUGUUUCCUAGAUUUCCAUUAUCUAUAGGAAGAGGUAGUGGCCCUCAUCCAGCAAUGUCAAAUUUACCAUUACCACCUCGUUUUAUAAAUUUACCACCAAAAUCUGAAGAUUUCUCUACUUUACCAAAAUCUAAAUCUGUCGAUCGGGAUAAACUUCCUUCAGUACCCACUUCUACCGAAGCAACGCUUUCAAUAACAAAACAUGAAAAAAUGGAGAAAGAAAAAGGAGAUAAACCAAAAGCGAUUAAACAAGACAAAGAGAUAUGUUCGCCAGUUCCAAGUACCGUUGCACCGCCUUUAUCAUCUGCACUUGCAGCACCAAUUACGUAUCCUAAACCAGUACCUAUUGUGCCGUUAUUAUCUUCAAAAACUCCUAAAGUUGAAAAACAGGAUAAAUGUGAUAAGAAAUCAAAGGAACAUAAAAAAGAAAAGAAAGAUAAAUUAAAAAAGAAAAAAGAUAAAAAAGAAAAACACAAAGAAAAAGGAGAAAAAAUAAAAGAAAAGAAAGAUAAAAUAGAUAAAAAAGAAAAAAUAGAUAAAAUUAAAGAAAAAAGAGAAAAGAAAGAUAAACGAAAAGAAAAAGAGAAAGAAGAUAAAAAUUUUGAAGCUGUACCAAAAAUAACAUUAAAAUUAGGUACAGCAUCUCCGAGACCACCAACACCAGAUACUGCUCCAAUGAAGAAAAUGGAAAUGUGUUAUAGAACUAUAAAAACAUUGCUGAAGAAGCCUGAGGAUGAGACAAAACGAGAACCAAGUCCAGAAUUGGCCAAAAUAUCAGCAUUAGUCACGCGACCACCAAAGCAAAAGUCGGCAAGUAAGAAAACUGAGGAGGGAACGUUAGAUGGAAGCCCUGCUCUUCCUACAGAUACUUUCUCUGCCAAUCUUACUAGUGUGCCACUUGCAACAGUUCCUCGAGCAAAGAAAUCUCUCUUCAAAGCCUUACCUCAAAGAGAGACUCCUCCAUCUCAAUUUGAUCCUACUCCUAAGCUCCCAACUCCUCUGAUGCAACAACAACCACCGUAUUAUUUUAGACGAAAGCAGAUGCAGCUCUUAAAAAGGAUGAUGCUAAAGAAGACAAAGAAAAUGGCAGGAUUGCGCUGCCCCCAACAUCAACCACUACUGUGGAUCAAGGUGGUCAUCAAGUUUGGAUAUGUCCUGCAUGUGGUAAUCAAGAUGAUGGAUCACCUAUGGUUGGUUGUGAUGAUUGCGAUGCAUGGUAUCAUUGGGUAUGUGUUGGGAUGCAAGUACCACCAGCUGAUAACGAAGAUUGGUAUUGUCGUUAUUGUAUAGCCAAAAAACAAGAACUUCAUCAUGAUAAAAAGAAGAAAAAAAGGAAGAAAAAGGUGAAAGUUACUGCCUAGUACAAGCUACCCGGAUCUUGUGUAAGAUCCGGUAUAACAAUUCAAACUGCUACCAAAGUUAAAAAAGACAGUAAGCUUGGUGUAAAAAGUAUGAAAAACAAGAAAUUAUCAAAAGCAGAAAUGAAGUUACAAAUGAAAUCAUUAAAGGAAAAAUCUUUACCAAUCAAGGGAAAGGCUGGAAAGACUAUUAUGAAAGUUAAGACUGUAAAGAAAAAAAGUAAAAAGAUGAAAGAUAGUGCAAUCCAAUUGGCUUAGAAGAUGUUAUCUUUUGUGAUUGUUAAUAUAUCAUAAUUAAAUUUUAACACGUUGAUAGCUAAUUUUCAAAAUUCUAAAUUUUCAGUAAUACAUUAAUAUUUUACAAUGAUUAUUAUCUUCUUAUAAUAAAACAUAUGUGAUA